GCGGGAUUUCCGGUCCUGGUGACGCCUUGCUAGGACGUCUCCUGACAGCUCGGUGUGUCUUGCCGGCAGACAGGAUUGCUUAUCGCUGAGGCUGAGGCUGAAGGUGGAGAUAUCACUCUGAAACAGAAUAUAAUUGCAAUCCAUUCUUCACUGAUAAUUUGACUCUUGCAGAACUGAAUUACCUUGAAUUCUCAGAAAUGGACUCAGAAAUCCAGGAAGAAAUCCCUGUGCAUGAGGAAUUCAUUAUGUGUGGUGGAGUUGAAACCCAGGUUGUGAAAUGUGGGCCCUGGACUAACCUCUUAGAUGAGCCAAGUGUCAGCAGACCAAAGCUGCUUGUUUUCAUUAUUCCUGGUAACCCAGGUUUUUCUGCCUUUUAUGUGCCCUUUGCAAAGGCUUUGCACUCUUUGACAAACAGACGCUUUCCAGUUUGGGCAGUCACUCAUGCUGGAUUUGCCUUGCUCCCAAAAGACAAGAAGAUUCUUAAAACAGCAGAGGAUUCAAGUGCCCAAGAAAUUAAGGACAUCUAUGGACUGAGUGGUCAAAUAGAACACAAAAUAGCUUUCCUGAGAACUCAUGUACCAAAGGACAUGAAGCUUAUACUCAUUGGUCAUUCAAUAGGCUGUUAUAUUGCUCUCCAGAUCUUGAAGCGUGCCCCUGACCUCCAGGUUGUUCACGCCUUUCUGCUGUUCCCAACGAUUGAGCGAUUGUCUGAGUCACCCAAAGGCAGGAUUGCCACUCCACUUUUCUGCUGGUUUCGAUACGUGCUCUAUGCCACCAGCUACUUAGUAUUUAAACCAUGUCCUGAAAUAAUCAAGUCCUUCCUAGUCCGAAUAAUUCUUCAAAGAAUGAACAUUAAGAGUGAAUUUUCUUUGGUGGAUCUUGUUCAACCAUUCUGCCUUGCUAAUGCUGCCUACCUUGGAGGCCAAGAAAUGAUGCAAGUGGUGAAGAGAGAUGACGAGGUCAUAAAGGAACAUUUACCUAAGCUGACAUUUUACUAUGGUAAAACAGAUGGCUGGUGUCCAGUAAAGUACUAUGAAGACAUCAAGAAAGACUUUCCAGAAGGAGAUAUCCGACUCUGUGAGAAGGGAAUACCUCAUGCUUUUGUCCUCCAUUUUAGUCAGGAAGUGGCCUGUGUAGUUGCCGACUGGCUAAAUAAUAAUCUGUCCAAAAUAUAAACAGUGGUCCAGGAAAAAAAAAAAAAAACCCUACAAACAC